AUCGCGAUAUCACUUACGUACCGGCCUAUUGCUGCCCCGUCGUGAUUCAUCAAGUCCGCCCGUUCGCUCGUGAGAGGUGCCCGUCUUGCGCGUGGCGCUUGCUUGUCAAGCCUCGCGUGCAGCCCCCUUGGCUCGAUUUCUGCGAUGCUGAAAAGGGAGAUAUAUCCUUGUAACGGUGGCCCGAUCGAGGCAGCCGCCUGACCGUGGCACGCUUCUCUCUCCGUCUCUCCCUCUCUAUUUUUCUCUCCUUUUCUCUCCUCCUCUCUCCUCCUCUCUCCUCCUCUCUUUUUCUAUCUGUCUAUCUUUCUUUCCUCCUAACCUCUCCCGGUACGCGGGCGGCAGGUUUGUGGUGCGCCAGAGAGACCGGGGCCACCCACCACCUUGGGAACCGGCUACGGCGAGAGACUAUUGUAUCAUAGCCCGGAUGGGUAAAUUUUUUUGUGCGGGCGGCCAGCUAGCUAGCGGCGUUCGACGCAGGCCAGAUACUCACUGGCCGGCGUCGACCCAGGGGCCGAAGAGGUGUGCUGGUAACGGGAUUCCCCCGAUGGGCAGGGAAGUUCCAGCUGCAGGGGGAGACCCGGUCUCCGCUGCUUGGCCUCACUUUUCCCAUCUCCCCUUUGGAUUUCCAUCGCUCUUCUCGAUCUCGCCCUCUCGCGCUCGCCUUACCGCCCCCCUACGGUAUACAUGCCUCCCUUCGUCACAGUACCAUUUAGACACCCCUCCCCUACGCCAAACCCCCCUUGUCACUCGCUGGCCACCGAUACCACACUACCUGGGAGAGCCGGAGGCGGGACCGCCUACGACUCUCGCUCUCGCUCGCUCUCCCCCCUUCUCGCGUCCUCUGCCCCGUCCGCGCGAGUGCCUGUGUAGCUAUAUGUGUAGGUGUCUGUGUGUGUAUGUGUAUUGUAUAUGUGGGUGCUCGCCGAUUGUUGAGGACAGAUCUGGUCUGUUGCAUGGGCGACGUGUCAUCGUCGACCUCACGUCCCCCAGCCGGCCGAAGUGGAUGCGGCAGCUGUCAUCGUCGACCUCUCCCGCCUGCUGCCGCCGCCGCUGGCUGCUGCUCUGUCGCCAUCUCCACCCGGCCUCGCCUUUCUCUCCACUGGUCAGGGCGCUGCCCAUCAUCGACGACACUGGAGCUUGGGUAUUCGUCAUGUUGGGCUGUAGACGUGCCGGCACGGGCCCCCUGCGUGGGAUGGCCGAGGCAUACGCAGGUGCUGCAGCCAGCUCGCCGCGUACUGCUUGAUUCGACCAGUGCUAGAAACCCACCGGCGGCCUAGUCGAGACUAUGUAUGUAUUGUGGAAAGGCUCGUCGAGCUGCGCGCCUCCCCUGUAUAUCGGCCUGCGUGUGCCUAGCGAACCUUGGGCUGGUACCUACCUCGACCUUGUGCAGUGACGAAGUACCUCGCUCGAUCUCUCUACCUGGGUCUGCUUGUACACCGGCAGGUAUACCAGGCCUACCUCGAUGUACCUCUACCACCGACGCUGCUCACAUCUGGCGGCUGCGAAUACCUGCGCGCCUGCCUCCACGUGUACCCGUCUACUACCUCUUACCUCCUACGCAUGUCGUGUGUACAUGCAGAAACUACGGUCGAUCCACCGCUGGCCCUCUCCUCCCUUCCCCCCUUCCAACCCCCCCCCCCCCCGCAGCCUCUUCUCUCACUCUCACUCCCUCUCUCUCUCUCGCUCGUAGGCCUGGUAGCAGCUACACAGGCAGGCAGGCAGGCAGGCAGGCAGACAGUCACGGAGCUAGUCCCAUCUCUCAGGGUUGGGAAAGAGGACCCAGAAUGGUGGGCGGUGUCCUUGCC